AUGUCCGCCAUCGCCGUCGCGCCGGCGUCCAUCGCGCGCGGGCGCGUCGCCGGCCGCGCGUCGUCGUCGUCGUCGUCGUCGUCGUCGUCCUCCUCCUCCUCCUCCUCCUCCGCGCGCUGUCGGCGGACCGCGGUGGGCGCGCGCUGUCGUCCCUGUCAUCGGCGCGGGGCUUCCGAGUCCGACGAACGGCACCCGCCGAUCGUCGACGCCGCCGCCGCGACGCUGCCGCGCCGCGAGACGCUCGCGCUCUCCGCGUCGCUCCUCGCGUCCGCCGCGUUCGCGCGCGCGCCGGCGCGCGCGGACGAGCGCGCGCCCGAGCCCGAGCCCGAGCGCGCCGCCGUCGCGAUCGCAGACGCGGACGACGUCGUCGUCGACGACGCGCCGCCGGCGGAGUCUUCGUCCUCGUCCUCGUCCUCGUCCUCGUCCUCGUCCUCGUCCUCGUCCUCGACCUCCGCGCCGGAAAAGCUCGUCGUCGGCGACGUCACCCUGACGCCGUACCACGACGACACGAGCGGGUACGUCGUGUCCAUCCCGGACGGGUGGGCGAGGGAUCAGCCGAUGGCGAACGUCCCGGAGUUCCAUCCGGUGGGCGAGUACGGCGGACGGCGGUUCCGCGUCGCGACGACGCCCGUCGGGCGCGUCCCGGGCGACGGCGAGCGCGUGCGGAACCUGGCGGACUCCGACGCCGAGGACGUCAAGAGCGCGGGAUACGAAUCGCCGACGGCGUACGCGAUCGCGGAGGCGACGAAGUUCGCGCCCGUGAGAGGGUCGCCCGGCGCGAAGGCGGGGCCCACGGGCGCGGUGAGCGAGAUCCUCGAGUCGAGCGUCAGCGAAGACGGGAAGUAUUACUACUACGAGUUCAGGACCGAGUCCGUGUAUCCGUUUCGGUUUUGGGGCGUCAGCGCGAUCGGGCCGGGGCAGAUCGGCGGCGCGAGGAAGUUGAAGCGGCGCGACGUCGUCUCCGUCGUGUGUCAGAUGCCGGAAGAUAAAGCGCAGCCGGGGGAUUACGAGUUGUUCCGAGCCAUCGUGAAAAACUUUCGCGUGGACGACUUCUGA